GUAUGCACAGGUGGUGGGGUGGUGGGGUGAGGUGAAAGCACGUACUUUUGGGUGAAGUGGGACCUAUUAGCAUUGGAAUAGUGGUGUGGUGUGAUGUGGUGUGCCUUUUGACACAACUUCUUGGUGCAGGUGGACAUGUCCUUUCGCCAGCACCCGGGCUUUGAUGCAGUGUUGUGAAGGCUUAUUGGAAUGUGAUGAUUCAUGUGUUCGGCGGCCAAACCCAACUCGUUUCGGAAGAAUGGAUCACGUGACCAGUCGUCACGUGUGGAAGAUCGCGCUGCUAGCGAGUAGGGCAAGCAGCAAUGCCGCCCCAAGGAUGUAUUUACAGUCCGUGCAUGUUUGCCCAAUCACUCUUCAUCACUCUUCUACAUUGCGCCAUGUGUCAUGCUUGUCUUUUGGCGUCUCUCACCAAUGCCACCCCCAAAAAAGCAACGCCAAGAGUGCUGCCAUCGAGUCUCUCCCAGUCUGCCCCGACUCGCGCUGUCGGGCACCCCCGAGGCGCGCGGUGGUCCUUUUAGAGUCGGUGGAAGGGACGGCCACCGAAGCCUUGCCGCGCUCCAUGGCGUGGAUGCAGGCGAGACCUAGCACUUUCAGCAGCCUGGAGGAUGCCAUCGCAUGGUCUUUGUCCUCAGGGAUGCUCACAAAUCCCCAGGCGGCGAGGGAGAACAUCCCUCAUCGCCUGGUACAUGAGGCGGACUCCUGGUCUUGGAUCACCGAUGUCUCCAAGGUCACCUGCUCUACCAUGGCGCCAUGGUUCACCGGCCUUUCCGAGCUCUUUGUGAAGCUGCCCUUGCCCAAGCUGCUGCUGGUCCAACACCUCGAGCACCUGGACGCACGGUUGGAGGCAGCGCACAUGCAGGGCCGCUUUCGCCUGGAGGUGAUCCCUCACGCUGGGCACUACAUCCACGAAGACCGACCGGAGGAGGUCGCGGAGGCCAUUGCCAAGUUCUUGCUUCAGCUCAAGCAGCAGGAAGCCGCAUAUGCGAAGAUCAUGGAAGGACGUGCCUCUCCCUCCUCGUCUCCCAGCUCCAACCCCAAGCGGCAACGUGUACAUUGAACCGAGAGACCGGCCCAGGGCAAAAGCGAGGCCUUUGAAAAGCGAAGCCUCCUCAAAGAGGACCACUGCGAAGUAAGUUC